AUGUCGGACUUCUCCCUGGCGCUCCCGCUGGUGGUGAAGGUGGUUCGUUCUGCUGUGGCUCUUGGCGCCCAGGACCCACUGUUUUACCGGUCAAUAGACAAGCUGGUGGGCACCGAGCUCGAUGUCACCACCUCGCGAUUGACCGAUAUCGCGACACAAUUGGGGCAAAACAUCAGCGGAGACAUCCAAGACGUGAUUGGUGACGACUGGAAGGUCACUCUGGAUGUGUUGGACCAGUUAUUUGAACGGUUAGACCGCCUGUUCGAUGAAAUCAGGGGUAAACGAGUGGUGGAAGAUAACGAUGUCCAGGCGCAAAUGAAUAUACCCAAGCCUCAGCUCAAAUUCACUGACCCGCUUGAUAACUUGGAACAAGAGCCAUUUAAGCCUCGUCUCACAUCCAAGCCGAACUCGUUGGUGCCCCUCGAGUUGGAGCUAAUUACUGACAAUCCGGAAGACCCGCCCCACUACGCUCAGCCAUACGCCUACGAGAUUGACCAUCAAACAUACCCUGAAACGGUGGUCUCUCCCAACCAACUUCCCGUGAUUGAACCUCAAGACUGGAACGAAACUGAAGCCAUUUGGGUCGAUGACGAAGAGACGUUAUUAAAGAUGGCCGACGAACUCGCCAACAGUGCCGAGAUCGCUGUCGAUUUGGAACACCAUGACACGCGUACCUAUUUCGGGAUUACGUGUUUGAUGCAAAUCUCCAAUCGUGACCACGAUUGGCUUAUCGAUACGCUUGCCCUUCGUUCUCAGUUGGGUAAAGUGUUGAAUCCUAUUUUCACUGAUCCCACCAUCGUUAAAGUGUUCCAUGGUGCGUUUAUGGAUAUCAUCUGGCUUCAGCGUGAUUUGGGUCUCUACGUGGUGUCGUUGUUUGACACGUUCCACGCCCUGAAACGAUUAGGCCUUACCAGAAACAGUUUGGCGUACUUGUUGGAACAUUACGCCAAGUUCUCUACCUCGAAAAAGUACCAGCUUGCCGACUGGAGAGUGAGACCGUUGCCGGCUCCCAUGGUCAACUACGCGCGAGCUGACACCCACUUCUUGCUCUACAUCUACGACCAGAUGCGAAAUAAGCUCGCCGAGAUUGAUGGCAUCGCUGGUGUGCUCCACGAACUGCGGCAGGUGGCCAAGCGCCGGUUUGAGUACCCUAAAUACAUGCCGCGCCUGGAGCAAGGGUCGAAGGGGGUGCUGCUGGGGACAAACACGCUGAACUUCAUCACUGACCCUGUCGAAUGGUUAUUGAUUCAAUUUAACCUUCCUCGAUACCGGCUUCCGGUGGUGCGAGCUCUUUACGAGUGGCGUGAUGCCAAAGCGAGAGCCGAUGAUGAGAGUCCUCGCCACAUUAUGCCCAACCAGUCGCUCGUGGCGCUUGCCAUGCUUGAAGCCCCCGUCAAGCUGCUGGACGUGUUAAAUCUGACGCGAUUCGUAUCUGAAGCCGUGAGAAUUAAUGCUCGUCAACUCGCCGAGCUUCUCAAUGACGUCAGCGCUCAGUUAGCCAAGUACGAUGAGGAAUUGGCUGGCCAAUAUAACGAUGGCAAACCGUCAUUGCUGAUCCCCGAAUUGGUCAAGGCGUCCGCCAACGUCUUUAACGACUUUGAAUUGCCUACUUCCAAUGACCUUUUGGUGGACGCACCUGCUGAUUUGGGCAGCGCGGUCCCUCCCGAAUUGAUCGAGAGACUCAAGUUCAUUCGCUCGAAGCUCGAAGUGAAGAAGAGUACUCCUGUACCGGCAGUGGUGGUGGAACUGGUGAAGCUCAAACAAGAGACUUUGGCCUCGACCACCCCCGAACCUACUUCAUCUAAGGAAGAGGAAGAAACUAAGGAAACCUCCACUGAACCCACUGAGUCUAAAGAAGAGGUCAUUGCUCUUCGAAACGUUAGAAGACAGAUCCACACUAAGAAGCGGGCCGAUACCGGCGAGGUGAUUGAUUUCGCGAACAAUAAGCUGGUGCUUGGAGCCGAGGACGUGCCUGAUAAUAAUACGAAGAAGCGGCGUCGGUUCAAGCCGGGCUCCAACGUCGAUGCCGGGCCCCAGGCCCCCAAAAAGCGGCGGCAAGAAGCCAAGGGGCGGUCGGGGGUGUUCCGCAAUUAA